AUGGCGCUCAACUACAUGGGCGCCGCGGCCAUCAACGCGGUGGCCGCCCUGCUGUCCAUCCCGGUGAUCGCCGUCGGCAUCUGGCUCUCCACGCAGGCCGACAACGCGUGCGUCCAGAUCCUCCAGUGGCCGCUCAUCGGUCUCGGCGUCGCCGUCCUGGCCGUCGGGCUCGCGGGCUUCAUCGGCGCGUUCUGGCGCCUCCCCUGGCUCCUCCUCGCCUACCUCGUCUUCAUGCUCCUCCUCGUCGCCGCGCUUGCCUGCCUCGCCGUCUUCGUCUUCGUCGCCACCACUGGCUCCUCCGGCCACCCCGUGCCUGGCCGGGCCUUCCUCGAGUACGACCUCGACGACUACUCCGGCUGGCUUCGCCGCCGCGUCGACGCGCCGGGGAGGUGGGACGAGAUCAAGACGUGCCUCGCCGCCACCGCGCCCGUGUGCUCGGACCUCAACCAGACGUACACCACGCCGCAGGCCUUUUUCGCCACGUGGCUCACCCCGAUGCAGUCCGGGUGCUGCAAGCCGCCGACGAGGUGCGGCUACACCUUUGUCAGCGCGACCAACUGGAUCAGCCCCAUCGAUGGUGGAGUCGACCCCGACUGCGCCGCCUGGAGCAACGACCAGGACCGGCUCUGCUACUCCUGUGACUCAUGCAAGGCCGGCCUGCUCCAGAACCUCCGCCGGGAGUGGCGACGUGCCGACGUCGUCCUCGUCGUCGCCACCGUGGCGCUGUUCGUGGUCUACGCCAUGGGAUGCUACGCGUUCCGCGCCGCCAGGACCGACGAGCUCUUCCGCCGCUACAGACAGGGCUACACGUAG